AAUUCCAAUCGAGAGCCGUCCAUAUUUGAUGGCUUGAGGAGAUGGUGGAAGCAUUAUAUUCAGUUGCAUGUUCCUCAUGCGGAAUGCAGAGAUCACCUUGCCAAUGAACGAACCUUUCUUGCCUACCAACGGACAUCGCUCGCCCUUUCGAUGCUAGGAAUAGUCACCGCUCAGCUCUUUAGUCUACAACAUUCGCAGCACCCGGAUCCGGUAUUUGGCUAUCACGCCCUCGGAAGACCAUUAGCGGCUCUAUUUCAGAGCGCCGCGAUUGUCGUGAUCCUUAUUGGCGGCCAUAGGUUCUGGCGUCAGCAAAUGAACAUGGCUCGGGGGAGAGUAUGGGCAGGCGGGUGGGAGAUCUGGUCAAUCAUGGCAUUCAUGUUGCUUGUCAGUCAUUUCCUAGUCCUC